CCGUGCCGUGCCGUGCCGUGCCGUGCCGGGGGCCCUCCCUGUGCCCCCGUUCCCCCCCUGCCCCUGCUUGUGUGUGGGGAGGGAUGAGCGGGAGGGACGCGGCGCGGGUCCUCGCGGAACUACAGCUCCCGGCGUGCAUUGCGCCCCAGGGAACUUGGGGGUGGGUCGGGGGGAAGAUGGCGGCUGGUAGCGCGGGGCGGAGAGGUGGCUGAGAUUAUUAUAUUUUUGCAAAAUUGAAGACAGAUUCCUGAGUAACAAUGCCUGGAAAAAUCUCUUUGCAACUGGUUUUCCUAUCAGUCGAUUAACCUUCAUGUGCAGCAUUGUUUGCUAUUGAUUUCUCAAUCAUGGGACGAAAGGGUGCUUAGCUGAACAGCCAAAGUUCUGCUUGAUUCCGUGUUCUGGAGUUCGUGUCUAUGAAGUAUACUAGCAAAUUCUGUUAGUAGCUGAUGUGUUCAAGGGAAUGACCUAUGACUCUUACUGGUAACCCAGCUGGCUCAAAGAAUACAAGCCUUUUGGUACCCAUGUAGAGGAGUGUGCUGUUGCUGUGCUGCUUUGCGUCCUCGCUACAAGCGUCUGGUAGAUAACAUAUUUCCUGAAGAUCCAAAAGAUGGUCUUGUUAAAGCUGAUAUGGAGAAGCUGACUUUCUAUGCUGUUUCUGCACCAGAAAAGCUGGAUCGAAUUGGUGCUUACCUAGCAGAGAGACUGAGCAGAGAUGUUGUCAGGCAUCGAUACGGGUAUGUUUUAAUUGCCAUGGAGGCAUUGGACCAACUUCUGAUGGCCUGUCAUUCUCAAAGUAUAAAACCGUUUGUGGAAAGUUUCCUUCAUAUGGUGGCCAAGCUUCUGGAAUCGGGCGAACCAAAGCUGCAAGUUCUUGGAACUAAUUCUUUUGUCAAAUUUGCCAACAUUGAGGAAGACACACCUUCCUAUCACAGACGCUAUGACUUCUUUGUGUCUCGAUUCAGUGCCAUGUGUCAUUCAUGUGACCACGAUCCAGAAACACAAACUGAGAUCCGAAUUGCUGGAAUCAGGGGCAUUCAGGGAGUGGUUCGAAAAACAGUGAAUGAUGAACUUCGAGCAACUAUAUGGGAACCUCAGCACAUGGACAAGAUAGUACCAUCAUUGCUGUUUAAUAUGCAGAAAAUAGAAGAUGUUGACAGUAGAAUAGGCCCUCCGUCCUCUCCUACAGGAGGAGAGAAAGAAGAAAAUCCUGCUCUGUUGGCUGAGAAUUGUUUCAGGGAACUACUAGGACGAGCGACCUAUGGAAAUAUGAAUAAUGCUGUCAGACCAGUUUUUGCGCAUUUAGACCACCACAGACUAUGGGAUCCUAAUGAAUUUGCUGUUUCCUGCUUCAAAAUCAUCAUGUAUUCUAUACAGGCACAAUAUUCCCAUCAUGUAAUACAAGAAAUUCUUGGACACCUUGAUGUUCGCAAAAGGGACUCGCCACGAGUUCGUGCUGGCAUUAUUCAGGUUCUUUUGGAAGCAGUUGCAAUAGCAGCUAAAGGAUCAAUCGGUCCAACAGUUCUGGAGGUUUUUAAUACCUUGUUGAAGCACUUACGCAUCAGUGUUGACUUUGAGCUGGGUGAUAGGCGCAGUUCAGCAGGGAGUGGCACUUUCAGCACAAGCUCCAAGGAGAGCGACGAGAGGAUUGUCCAGAAUGCUAUUAUUCAAACAAUUGGUGAGUACUGGCAGUAACAUAGGCUCACUUAAAAUUCCUGCCCCGCUCCC